UGUACCGACAAUAUUGUAUGUGUGCAUUGAUCGAAUCAACCUAAUUUAACAAAUCAACUUUAAUAGUUUACGUAAAAAUUCCAUUGAGAGUUACGUAACACCUUUCCUUACCGACUUGAUACGCUAAAACAGGACGCGCCCUACAGGUUACUAGAUCCACGAGCCUUCAUGAGGACAUUACUAAGGUCUAAGAAGUAUUGUGUAAUAAUACGCAGGCGUACGAUCUGCUCGCCCGCGCGGUCCGCGCACGCGCACGCGCAGAUUUUCCCGCCAUACGCUUCGGCGUAGUCGCCUCUAAAAAAACAAUUCCACUUUUUAAAGACAUAAUGGUGGAAUUUAUCGUUUUUUUAAUUUUCUAACAUUUUUUUCUGUGCAGUGCAAUAGUGUUUUGAUGUGAUAGUGAUGUAGCCAAGAUGUGGUUUGCUUUUUGGCAUUUGUUGCUGUUGAGCGACGUCUCCGCUUCGGUGUUCAACUUCAGCCUAGCUCUGGAUGGGCUCAAUGACAUGUGGUUCCUCCGCUACCCGCCGCGCAAGUCGCAGGUGCGUCGCCAGCGCACGCUCCCUCCCUCUAUGCCGUUCCCGUGCGCCGGCGCAGUCCCAUACGGCCGCAGCGCAGUGCCCCCCACCUCCGUGCACAGGCUGCGCCCGGGGGACAUUGACGUGGUGGCAGCCAUUGGAGAUUCCCUGGUAGCUGGCAGCGGAGCUCUAGAAGAACAUGCGCUGGGAGCUAUCAUUGAGUAUAGAGGGGUUUCUUGGUGUGCAGGGGGAGAUAAAACGUGGCGGGAGUACCUCACGUUACCCAACAUCCUGAAGGAGUUCAACCCUGACGUGCGAGGCUACUCGACCGGCACCGGCGAGUGGCUCGUCAGGAAUGCCAGAUUCAACGUCGCUUUCCCCGUCGCCUCUGACGAAGACGCUCUCAAGCAAGCCAAGAUAAUAGUAGCCCGAAUGCGCGCCUCACCGGACAUCGACAUCGCAAACCACUGGAAGAUGAUCACGGUCUUCAUCGGAGCCAACGAUAUCUGUUCAGCGUCAUGCCUGUCCCCCGUGGCCUGGUCUCCAGCCGCUCAUGCCACUAAGUUAGCGAAGGCGCUGGACUACCUCCAGACACAUCUGCCUAGGACUAUUGUGAAUUUAGUGCCAGUAUUAGACGUAUCAGUAUCUGUUCGCGUGCUGCGCCCGCUGAUGUGCCGACUGAUGCACUCCCUGUUCUGCUCGUGCUUCCACCAGCGAGGCGGCGAGCUGGAGAACAUGGUGCGGAUGUCCCGCCUCUACCAGAAGGCUGAACAGAUGCUGGUGGACAGCGGUCGCUACGAUACCCGAGACGACUUCACAGUGGUGAUGCAGCCCUUCAUGCGGCUGUUCAACGCACCGUUCCCCCCGCGCCCGCCGCUGCCUCUCGUUAUACACCAGUCAUACAUCACGCAUGACUGCUUCCAUUUCUCACAGAAAGGACACGCUUUAGCUGCAAAUCUCCUCUGGAACAAUCUCCUCGAGCCAGUCGGCAACAAAUCCGAUGCUGUGGCGCCAGUGUUGCUGCGAUCCUUCAAGUGUCCAUCGCCCAACGCUCCCUUCAUCUACACUGCGAAGAACUCCGAAUAUUUCUUCCGCACUGGCAUCCAAGAAGGUGCUGAUGAGUUAUGACAUCAACUCUUCAGGACUCCUGCUAACCUGGUAGUUCCGUUUUGAGUCAUCGUCGCAAUAUGCGAAACAAUGCUUGGACUAGUUAGGAAAUGCAGUUAUGACACGAACUCUUUAAGAUUGCUGUUGGCCUAGUACUUUUUGGAUAAGUGUACGUUAAUCUGUGAUGUGUAAAUAAGACAUUUAUUUUAUUUAAUGGGUUUUAUGCUUCUGGAUGGAAGCAAGGUAAAUCCGUGAAAUUAGAAACACAUUUCAAAAAUAGGUCGACUUACCUCCUCAGUUAGGACCACAUCCUUAUAGCAAUGUUUGGCAUCUAAUUCUAUGAUCACUGUAUUAACACAACAAUUUAACUAGAAUGGUCAUUGGUCGGUUUAGUUAGUCUCAAUGGAUAAACUGAUGGUGUUAAAUCAGAAUGGUAAAUUCCUAGGAACUAUACGAUACAUGCCGUGGCUACCUUAACAUAUAGCAUUGUGUUAUCUAAAGGAAUAAUUUGGAUGUGGAAUGAAAUGUUUGGAUAUUAUCUUUUACUACUAGAAUUUACAUCUAUAUUGACCCAUUCCACAGUGGGAUCUUUUUAUCCCACAGCCCCAUUAAGUAAUUUGGUAGAAAUCAGUACCAGAUUAUAAAGAAAAUAAGAAUACCUCGUCUAAGCUACCUCUUUGCUUCAAGUAAAGGGUAGUUAUGUAAAUAAUUUGGAAUGCGUGUGUAAAUAAAGUAAAUAUAUUACAUAAUGUAUUUGGUAUUGUCGUCGGUGCCAUUAAUAUCUCAUAAUUUAAUACCAAAUAACUAUUUUUGUAAACGGAAGUUACCAAUAUAUGUCGUAGGUUUUACUUUAGACGAAUAAACUAUUUCGAAGUACA